AUGCCGAAAGGAUUCUUCAUUGUGGUUUUUGCUUCGGAAGAAGAACGGAAAAAGAUACUGGAAGGGGGAUUAUGGACCAUGAAUAAUAAGCUGUUGUAUAUCCAAAAAUGGUAUAAGAACUUCAAUCCAUUAAAAACGGAGCCCUAUGAGAAGCCAAUAUGGAUUCGAUUGAAUAAUCUGUCAAUGGAAUACUGGUCGGAAGAAGCCUUAGAAAAGAUAGGUAGAUCGAUGGGAACCCUAAUGGAGAUAGACACAGAAAUUGCGACUGGAAAUUUGUAUUUGUAUGCAAGGAUGAAAUUAGCGGCAGUCGGGAGAAUUCCACAAUUGAUAAAAUUGAGAAGUCAUGAUAUGGAAUGGUUACAAGUGAUCAAAAUAGAGGAGGAGAAAUAUUUUUGCUCUAUAUGCAGAAGAAGAAACCAUGAUUCAGAUAAGUGCAGAAAUAACAAAAAUGAGAAAAAGGUUUGGAGGGUAAAACAAGCAACGGGAAAUAAAAAGUCAGAAGAGCUACUUCAAAUAACAGUUAGAGAACAAGUUAAUGAAAAUCUUGAUAAGAAACAGAGUGGGGUGAGCCAGGAGGUGGAGGGAAAUAACAAAAAGGAUCUUGAAGAGAAGGCAUGUAAUUUAAAGUCAAAUUGUCAAAGUGAUAUCGGGUUGGAGGAAGAUGAAAUUUCUGAGGAGGACGAAGAUAAGGAUGAAUUAGAGAUAACAGACAUUAGGAAUAUAGGCCAGUCAAUGGUUAUACCAGUAGAGAAAGGGAUUAGAGGUAAAGGUUGGAAAUCUAACAAAAUGAAAAGAGAGGAGGAGGCGGCUAAGAAAGGAUUUCUUAGUGUAUCAGAAUUCUUGAAUAGGAAGAGUACCAAGGGAGUUAACAACUCCCUUGGGAAGCAAUGA